AUGACCGAUCUCUCGCGGAUCCUGCCGGACUUCCCAACCGCCCGGUAUGCGAAUCUGCUACCCACUAUCGAGAGGGAGGGCCUGACCACCGCCGACCUGCUCACUCUCCAGGUCCCGGAUAUCGGCAAACGAACCCAGUUACCGCUUCUCGAUAUUAAACGUUUGUGCGCUGCCGUUCUCGAGGCUCUGCAUCUUGACCUAGGCGUUUCGGACAAGCAGCAACAGCAGCAAAAGCAACCGGAAGGUGAUAAUGGCGGGAAAGGGGCGGAGAAGGAAGCCAGCCCAGGAAUCCUAAAGCGUACCGGCACCGAGCUCCUUGCCGAACCAACCCGCUACAUCAGCACGCUAGACCCGGCCCUGGACCUCGCCCUCGGCGGCGGCGUUCCCGCAGGCUACAUAACCGAGAUCACGGGCGAGAGCGGCGCCGGCAAAACGCAAUUCCUCCUAACCCUGCUCCUCGCCGUGCAACUGCCGCCACCGCACGGCCUCGGGCGUCCCGCGCUCUACAUCUCGACGGAAGCACCGCUCUCGACGCGGCGGCUCUCGCAGCUGCUCGCGCACAACCCGUUCUUCCGGUCUCUCCCUCCCGCCGCGAGGCCGACGCUCGACAACAUCGUCGGCACCGUGACGCCGGACCUCGAGUCGCAGGAGCACAUCCUGAGCUUCCAGGUGCCCGUCGAGGUCGCGCGGCGCGGCGUCGGCCUGCUCGUCCUGGACUCCGUGGCGGCGAAUUUUCGCGCCGAGUACGACCGCGGCGCGGGCUCGGGAAGCGGCGCUAACCUCGCCGCGCGCAGCCACGCGCUCGUGAAUUUGGGCCUGCUCCUGCACGAGCUGGCGCGGAAGCACGGCCUCGCCGUCGUCGUCGCGAACCAGGUCGCGGACCGGUUCUCCGGCUUCUCUGCUUCUAAGGGGAGCAGCGUCGUCGCGCCGACCCCGCGCCACUCGCACCCGCCGUUCUCGCUACCGCGCGUGUCGCAGGAGAGCCCGUUAGCGAAGCGGAGUAAAGGAGGCCCGGUCCACCUCUCCGGCCUCGGACUCGAGCCCCCGAGCAGCAGCAGCGCGACAGACCUCGCGUUGCGGUCCAGCAUGCCGGAGCCGCCGCCAGAAGAGGCGCCCGCGCCCCCCGCGCUGCUGCUCGAUCACCAGCAGCGCUGGUUCACUGGCUGGGGGGACGCGUAUCCCUACGCCUCCUCGUCGCGCCUCGGCGCUUCCGAACACGACCUCAAGACCCCUAGCCUGGGGCUCAUCUGGUCGACGCAGAUCGCCUCGCGCCUCGCGCUGUGGAAGCGCCCCGUGUACGGGCGCAAGGAAGUGAUCGACGACGAGGAGGGGGAGAGCACGACGACGCUGCGGAACUGGAGGCGGUGGAUGAAGGUUGUUUUCGCGCCGCACGUGGCGGGCACGGGACCCGGGUUGGAUGGCGCGGUUGAGUUUGAGGUUACGAUGGGUGGGGUGAGGGCUGUUGAUAAGGAUAGAGGGAAGAAAGGGAAGGGUAAAGGGGAAGUGAAAGGGGAGGAAGAGGAGGUAUGA